AUGGCGGGGGCCGGGGGUCCCCUGCGCCUCCGCGACUGGCUGGUGGCGCAGAUCGAGAGCGGGCGCUACGCUGGGCUGCGCUGGGAGGACGCGGGCAAGACCCUCUUCCGCAUCCCCUGGAAGCACGCAGCCAAGCAGGGCUACCAGGCGCAGCAGGACGCGGCGCUCUUCAGGGCCUGGGCCAUAUACAAGGGCAAGCACCUAGAGGGCGUUGACAAGGAGGACCCCUCCACCUGGAAGACACGGCUCCGCUGUGCCCUCAACAAGAGCGCUGACUUCUGUGAGGUGCGCUCGCUCAACCAGCUGGACAUCUCCAACCCCUACAAGGUCUACCGGCUCCUGUCUGACGGUGCCCACAGCCCAGUUACCAGGGCUUGUGCCCCCUGUAAAGAGGAGGGCAUUCUUCAUAGCCAGCAGGUGCACCCUGGAGAAGUGACAGAGCCGGCCUGCAAGACAGAAGAGCAGGUUGGCUCCAGAUUAGUCACAGAGGAUAAAGACAAGGAGCAGCCCCCGAGGCUGGCCUCCCUGCCCCCAGGCCCUUUGGCUGGCCACAGGUACCAGGCUCAGGAUCCUGCUCACCCCUGGGGCCCCUCACCUUCUGAGGACUUCAGCAACCCCGAUUUUUGGCUGCACGUGCGACUCUUCUAUGGCGCGGAGCUGGUGCGCGAAGCCACAGCGCGCGCGGCCGAGGGCUGCAGCCUGAGUCCGCGCGCAGCCGCCGCUGCCGCCGAGCUCCUGCUGGGGCCGCCGCCGCGCGUCGCGCAGGUUCGUUUCCCGGAGCCGCCACCCGGCGCCCGCGUCCUGCGGCGCCUGCUGUCCCACCUGGAGCGCGGAGUGCUGCUCUGGGUGGCGCCCGAGGGCGUCUUCGCCAAGCGCCUGUGCCGGGGCCGUGUGUACUGGCGCGGCCCGCUCGCUCCGCACCGCGCGCGGCCCAACAAACUGGAGCGAGAGCUCACCUGCCAGCUCCUCGACACGCGCCGCUUCCUCGCGGAACUGAGAGCCCACCUGCAUGAUGGUCACCGGGAGCCCGAGUACCAGAUCCGGCUGUGCUUUGGCGAAGAGUACCCGGGGCCCCCGGACCAGCCUGAGGAGCGUCUCAUUAUGGCCCAUGUGGAGCCAGUCUUCGCGCGGGAGCUCCUCCUACACUCGAAGCUCCACGGCCAGGUGCCUCGGUGGCGCGUUCCCAGCCCCGCAUCCCCGACAGCGUCGCUCACCUGCUGA